UUCAAAACGGCAUAAACUUGGCUAGCCGUGGUUUUCACUCAAAUGACGUGGUUUUUAAAGUGUCUUACUUGAUUUCUUAGCCAAAUACAUCAAAUAAGUGUUUUAAACACUUGGUUUUUAUUUUGGAGAACUUUGAAUUUUUCAGUCGAGUUUCGCAUCGGUUGGCUAGGCCGUGGUUAAGGCAAAAACCAUGGGUUCUUGACUAACCACCCACCCAGCGAUGGGAAGAUCUUCCCAUCGAUGGGUAAGCGGCCCCUCAGCCAAACCAGUUUCCAGAACCAUGCCAAACAGCGAUGGGGAGUUCUACCCAUCGCUGUUAAAGCCUUGUCUAUCUUUGCAUAGUUCAUCCCUUUUUCUUCAUAAAUUUUUCCCUUUUGCUUCAAUCAUGGCUGGAGGAAAGAAGACAAAGGCUUCGAAGAAGAAGGUCACCACUGAGGCUACGUCAUCCGCACCUCAACCCUUCCCAUAUCUCGACGGUUCCUUUUUGGAGUUCGGGUCAGAAGAGGAACUCACACGCUUCAUCACCUACUUCGCCAAACGCCCCAUCUCUCCGCCAAGAGUGCUACCCGAGCUAUACCCUCAACAAAAGGGUUACCACGACCUUGACAAUCAACUCAAGGAGUCGGGUCUGUGGCCUUUCGUCUCCCGCAGUCGCACCUCCUUUAAUCCCGCCUACGUUCGGGCAUUCUACUCCAAUCUCCGCCGGGACGGGGACACUAUUCGCAGCAGCAUCAAUCUCGUGGACUUCGAGUUUGAUUUGGCUAUCUUUGCCCGGAUCGCAGGUUUGCCCACUCGCGGUGACGACAUCGCGACUUAUGGUGGCGAUGAUUGGAUCCUCAACAACGAGGCGGUGGUCAUCCGAGAGCUUGGAAUCACCAACCUCGUCCGUCACAGCGGCGCACCAACCAUUCACUCAGCCCCGCCGGAGAAGCGCCUUCUACUCUACAUCCUCACUCGGAUUCUUCGCCCCCGGGACGGCAGCCACACGUGUCUCUUCAACGAGGAUCUCAAGGCCGUUCAUGCAAUCACCCAUGGCGCCUCGAUCAAUUGGGCGAAAUACGUCAUGAUCCACAUGGCGGAUUGCGCCUCAAUCGCCACCGAAAGGAGCUUGCCCUACGCCUUCCUCGUCAUGGAUCUCAUUGUCGCGGCCGAAAUCCACAUCGCCGGCCCGAACACGAAGAUGGCAAAGAUUUGGAUCAUCCAAGACAGCACCUUCCGGAAGAAGUCCGGUGACGGAACCGGCGCUGGACCGAGUCGUGCCCCUGCCCCCGCUCCCGCCAAGGCGUCCUUACAGUCCAUAGCCGAUACUCUGAAUCGUCUAACCCUCGCAGUGGAUGGCAUGGGGCAGUCAAUCGAGCGGAUGGAUUGGACGCUGCAACGUCAACACCAUGACAUGACAGCAUUCUUCCGCGGCAUCAACUAUGUCCCGCCGCCCUUUGACAGCACCAUCCUCGGCCAGAACUAUGAAGGCGAGGACGAGGAGGAUGACUCCUAUGCUCCAUCUUCCUCCCCUGACGAGGCCGAUUUUGAGGACGCGGUCGACGGGGAUCCCAUGGACGUUGAGGACGACGAAGAAGACGAUGACGCCGAGGACGAGGACGCCGCUGCCUAGACUCUUCCUUUUUUUACUAUGAUUGUCCUUUUUAUUAUUAUUUCCAUUCCGUUGUAUUCCGCAUUCUCUCCUUCUUUAAUGAAUAAAAGUUCACUUUUAAACUCUAAAGUUCACUUUUAAUUCUUUUUGUUAAUGUCAAAAGGGGGAAGAUAUCAAGUCGAGUUUCGCAUCGGUUGGCUAGGCCGUGGUUAAGGCAAAAACCAUGGGUUCUUGACUAACCACCCACCCAGCGAUGGGAAGAUCUUCCCAUCGAUGGGUAAGCGGCCCCUCAGCCAAACCAGUUUCCAGAACCAUGCCAAACAGCGAUGGGGAGUUCUACCCAUCGCUGUUAAAGCCUUGGUGCAAAAUUAACACAAGGCAGAACGACCUUGCCCAGCGAUGGGAAACGUAUCCCAUCGAUGGGAACCCAGCGAUGGUAAGGGUAUACCAUCGAUGGGAAGGCAUGACCGUUGGUGGUCAUUAAAGGUUGAUCCUUUCC